AUGAAUUCUCCCAAAAUUCUUGUUGUCGCUAUUGUUUUAUUUUUGAUUAAUUCUAUUUUGGGAAAUGAUUGUGAGCUGAAAUGUGGACGUCGCCCGGACAGUCAACAAAGAAUAAUGGGAGGAGAUAUUUCAGAUGAGGCUAAAUGGCCAUGGGUCUUUGAAUUAAAGGGGUGGAAUUCAUGCGGGGAACAGUUCUGCACGGCACAGUUGAUUGGUAAGUUAUUUUUUCUAAAAAGGAUUAGAAAUGGUUAA